CAAAUGUUAAAUUCAGCUCAUUUGGAGAAUGUCAAACACAGUUUACUGUGUACAUAACCUCAAUCUGAAAUCGUAAACAUUAUGUUGACAAACGAUUUUGAUACAUACACAAAAAAAUGUCGGUUACACUGCACACAGAUGUUGGCGAUAUAAAAAUUGAACUAUUUUGUGAAGAUUGCCCGAAAGCUUGUGAAAACUUUUUGGCAUUGUGCGCCAGCGACUAUUAUAAUGGAUCUCUAUUUCAUCGCAACAUAAAAGGAUUUAUUGUUCAGACCGGCGAUCCGACUGGAACUGGAAAAGGUGGCACUUCAAUUUGGAAUACGAAAUUUCCUGAUGAAUUUAAAGACAAUCUCAAACAUAGUGAACGUGGGAUGCUAUCGAUGGCGAACUCCGGUCCCGAUACAAAUCAAAGUCAAUUCUUUUUCACGUACGCCGCACAACCACAAUUGGAUUUGAAAUACACAAUCUUUGGCCGAAUCAUCGAUGGUUUUGAUGCACUUGAUGAACUUGAAAAACUGACCGUAAAUCCCAAAACAUAUAAGCCGCUCGUUGAAAAACGAAUAAAUAGUGUGACCAUACAUGCAAAUCCAUUGGCUGGUUGAAUUUUUUAAUUAAACUAUUUCAUGAUUUAAAUGCAAAUAAUGAACAGUGACAUAAGAUAAAUAAGAGUUUUUCAUUGAUCACUUUGUUGAAUACUUCAGAAUAAUGAUAAAGAUUUAAUAAAGGCGAAUUUGUACCAAUUA